AUAGUACUUGCUGUAAUGGAAACUCCAUGUUUUACAGUAACUAUGGAUUCCUAAAUGCUGCCGAGUUUCGAGCACACCCGGUUUCACAAUGUCUACUGUUGCCAGUGGCCUAAUCUUUCUCGCCGCGAGGAAGGCCAUCCAGAUUUUCCCAGAAAAUGUGAAGAAGCUGUGGAGCAAAUGGGAGCUCCGGGUGAUGAUCACGGCGAGCCUUGUCUUGCAAAUCGUGCUCGUAAUGUUCGGUUCGAGGCGGAAAUCGACGAAAGCCAGCUGGAUCGCUUUCGUCGUCUGGUUGUCAUACUUAUUGGCGGACUCCGUCGCGACCCUCUCGCUGGGGCUCAUCUCAAGCAGCAGCGGAGAAGAUCCGAACGGUGGGCUGCUGGUGUUUUGGUCCCCGUUCCUCCUCUUACACCUUGGAGGCCCUGACACCAUCACCGCUUACUCAACCGAGGACAACGAGUUAUGGUUGAGGCACUUGCUCGGCCUAGUUACCCAAGUUGUCGCCGCCUUUUACGCCUUCCUGACUUCUUGGAGCACGAGCGUUCUCACAUUUAUAACGAUCCCUGUGUUCAUUUCCGGGGUGGUAAAGUAUGGAGAGAGGACCUGGGCGCUCAGGUCCGCGAGCUCCGACCACUUUCAAGCCCCCGAACUAUCGCCGCCUACUCAGUUACUAGCCAUGAAUCUAAGGCCUGAUGAGAAGUACCUUCAUGAAGCGUUUUACCUGUUCAGCAUGUUCAAGCAUCUGUUCACUGGUGUCAUCCUCAACACUGAUGAAGCCGAAUACAGCUACAGCAUCAUUUGCAAGAAGUCGGCCGAAGAAGCAUUCAAAUUGGUUGAAAUCGAGCUGAGUCUCAUGUAUGAUCUGCUCUACACUAAGGCGAAAAUAGUCUACUCGAUGCCCGGCGUCCUCCUUCGUUUCCUUACCUUCACUUCCGCUGUUUCUGUGCUGAUAAUCUUUUGCAUUGCCAUCGACAAGCGUGUUUACUCGCACCUUGAUGUGGCGAUAACUAUGUUACUAUUGGUGGGAGCUAUUGCUUUGGAGGUUUAUGCGGGAUUUACUGCUGCAUUGUCUGACUGGACGAUGAUGUUGCUGAUAAAGCUGAGGAACCCUUUUGCGGAUUUCCUGUAUCGAACGACAUGGUCUUCCCGAUUAUAUUCGUUUUACAACAAGAGGUGGUCCGGAUCCAUGGGGCAACUCAACUUAAUAAGCUAUUGUUCAACUGACAGGUUCAUGAAGUUCAUCGAAGACGAGCCGUUUGGCUUCUGUUUCAUGUUAGAAACAUCUUUGCGAGUGAUGCAGGCGGAAGCGAGCGUCGUUUUAAAAGAACAGAUCUUCAAGCGGCUGAUGGAGAAUCAUUCUAGGUGUCAAGAUUCAGGGUUCGACCCCAGAACCAUCAAAGAGUUGCUUGGUGAAAGAGGUGAUUUCGCGCUUCGGAAGAGGAAUUGUCUCACAGAACUCCAGUGGAGCACCAUUAGUAUAGACUUCGAUCAGAGCCUCCUCCUGUGGCACAUAGCUACUGAUCUCUGCUACUACUCCGAACUCAAUGACGUCAGCCUUGCCGCUUGCGUAAUGAGCCAAUUACUGUCUGAUUACAUGCUGCAUAUCCAAGUGGUACGUCCCUUUUUGCUACCUAAAUCAAUCGGUCGGGCGAAAUAUCUAGAAGAAACGUACAAGCAGGCGACGGCUUUCUUUCGCCAGAAAGGGUUGAAAACCAAGAGUGGAAGAGAUGCCCGAGAUCUGUUGUUCAAGGAAUACAAGCAAACCUUGCAUUCUCUACAAAUAAGUACGAGCAGCUUGGUGCUGCUAAAUGGCCGUAGGCUCGCCGAAGGAUUGCAGUCGCUUGUGAUGGAGUUGGGUUGGACGAAGGAGCAAUUAUGGGAGAUGGUAUGCGAAUUUUGGGUCGAGAUGCUGAUUUACGCAGCAGGCAAGUGUGAGUGGAACAACCACGCGCAGCAACUCCGGCGAGGUGGAGAGUUGCUGACUCACGUAUGCCUCCUGAUGGCGCAUCUCGGCUUGGCUGAACAGUUCCAAGGAAAACUGGUGAACAUUAAAAUCCCAGAAAGGAUGGAUGUUCCUAAUCUUGCAGGAAGGAGCAUAGACGAUCCCGCGUUCGACGUAUUUCCUGCAUGAUCAGAAAUACCUGCAAAUUGAUGACGCGGAUGCUGCACGACAAAAAUGCGGUCCAACAUCAUUGGCGGAUGAGAGGAGAGAGCUGGGUAGUCAUCACCUGUGGAGACAGGACCGGCUCUGGAUCUGGUUGCCACUCGCUAGUGGGGCGAUACCAACUCCUCUUCUUCAGCGUUGUUACUAUUAUGCCUGCAAGUACAAUGUUCUUUAUUUCCACCGGCCGUUACCGUCAUUCACUCAAGCCUGCUUGUUUACACUGAAGCAAAAGAAAAAGUCCUGUUCUGUUUCAGGCAAAAUUUCAAGUAUUAUUCCAGUUUCAAAAGAUUAAGAAAAUAUCAUAUGUGAAUUUUGAGUGUCGAAUGGAAGUUUCGGGAAUUUCAGAUUUAGAAAAAGUCAAAGUGCGUGGAUUGCGAGAAAGAAUCGGAUUAGGCAGAAGGCAAAAUCGUUAAAAGUCAACCCAGAUAGGGGACUAUCCUGUAUUCUGUCAUCUUUUUCCUUUGCCUUCCAAAGAUCCUGCAUGUUUGAUGUGUUCGCCGGAGAGGUCAACUUCUGCAACGUUUUACUGUCAUCAACUGGUCUUAGAAUGGACACCAACGAAACGGAGCAAGUCUUCACUAUGAAACAGAGCUCAAAAACAGAGGCCUCCCGGAUUUCCACCUCCUAAAUCUUUCUGCUUUACUGCAAUAGGUCCCCAUUCACAGACACGACGGAGUGAUUAAUCUCUGUCCAUUCAGCCAGGAAUCAGUUCCAUACAGGUAUUGAAUUCACGAGUUAAUUGCUUGUCUUCCAUACUGCAAACCCUCCUAGUUGUCUUUACAGAGGACAACUAUUUUCUGUAGAACUGUUGAUGUGUAUCCAUCAGCACCAUCUCAUAGAACAACAGAAGGCAAGCAAACAGGAUUACAAAAAUGAAGAUGGGAACCAAUAAAAUCGAGUCAACAUGGAGCAGUGUGAGUGGUGACCUGACUUAGGGGAUAACAACACAAGGGACAAAGCAAGUUCCUUAAAUUUAAUCAUCAUCAACAUAGUAUUCUAACCUAUAAAAAUUGUCAUGCAGAGGCCAACCUUCGGAAGGGACAAAGCAGAGCAUAACAAAACAGAGGAUCCCAAAUGUUAAUUAUAGCUUUGCCGGCUCUUGACAAUUCAAAUUCAACCCAUCUCUGUCUCCAAACUUUCUCUCUCCCACAGUCAUUUGUAGAUCUCAACCACCGCUCCCUCCAAGAGAAUAAGUUAAUAAUCAGAACAAAAGGAGCAUGAAGGAUUUGUGUCUUUUGCUCCCUU